AUGGAGUCCUUGCUGACCAUUGUCAAGUCCUUCUUCUCAAACAUUUUUUUUCGCUUCACCCGUAGAGACACUCUUUUAAUCCUCGAUCGCUAUCACUGGAAUGGAAAAAUCUAUGAUCAUGACCUGUUUUUGCUAGAUGUCAAAGGAAAAAAACUCAAACCACUUAAUGUUCCGAAGGUCACAGAUUCUGACAUUGGUUUCAAGAUGGUGGGUUCAUGCAACGGUUUACUUUGUGUCAUUCACUAUUCUUUGGACCCUAACUCUACCAUUUUUCUUUGGAACCCCGCCACAGAGCAAACCAAGCGGAUCAUGGAACCACAAAACGCUUUGCUUCCAUAUAUGGUGCCACCACAUUGUCUCAUAGGCUUCUAUUUCAACAAAAGUGACAGUGAUUAUCAAGUUCUGAGGGUUCACUCUUUUGAGAACACAAACAACGAAAUGUGUUUAGGUGAUUCUCUUACAAAAACUUGCGCGAUUCGAGUAGAAAGGUACUCUCUUUGUAAAGGGUUGUGGAGAGAAAUAAACUUUUGUGACAAUCAGUGUGUAACUGUGAAUGGAUGUUUGUUUUGGACUGAGAACAGUGUAACAUUGAGGGAAACUUUGUUUUGGGUGGCUAUGGAGGUAAGUGACAAGGUUAGUAAUGAAUUGAUAAUUUCUUUCAAUGCAUGUCAUGAUAUUCUCAGCAAGAUUGAGUUACCCCCUUUGAUUACUGAUUAUCUUGAAGUUUACAAGAAACUUGCAGUGUACAAGGAUUUGGUUGCGGUGAUUAUUUGCUUGGAAACUAAAAGUAUGUCACAGUGCUUAGAUUUAUGGGUUUUCUAUGAUGAGUACGAAGGUGUGGAGUGUUGGUGUAAGCUGCACACAAUAGGAAUGUUUUCAAGGCUAGAGCGUCCAGUGGGUAUUUUGAAAAAUGAGAUUCUGAUGUCAACAGAUAAAGUGAUACAUAGUGAUCGUGGAACCAUAGCUUUUCUUCCUGAAGAUGAUACUGGAGUUGACUUUUUCUACAACUUGUUCAAUUAUGUUGAGAACUCCUUAUUUGAUGGAAAUGUGGUUGUGGAGGAAGAUGAUCCGCUUGAAAGCUAA